UCUCAUCUUUGAUCGCAGGAGGGCUACGUAGACUUUUUUUUGUGCAGAACUACGAAGAAACUAAAAUGCCGCAAUGCAGAAUUGGUGUAUUGAAGCCGGCUAUGUCGCGUUAACCAAGCUAUUCUCGAAGACAAAAGUAUUUCUGCAAAGCAAAGAAAAAGAUGCAGGAUCAUCUGAGGAUGUCGGAGUCGGCUCCAAGUCUGAUGCUUCACGAGGAUGCGGCCGCGGUGGCCACUGCGAGCCACCAAUUUACACUGGCAUCGGGCGAGAGCAGGCGGCAGAUCAUGUUUGGGACGGAAAGCAUACCACGGAGAUUGGGUGGAAUGCCCCAUCUUCAGCGACACCACGGCAGAAUACGAAAAGAAGUGACAACACGACAGCGACACCGACAUCAAGCCAGCACAAAGGGCAAAGCCCACCUCUUUUGUCAUCUUGGUUCGCAGCUUGGAAGGCCUACCACUUCCCAAGAAGUAGCAAGUUUGCGAAGUUUUUUCCCUCAGCUCACACGACAAAUAACUUCGUCCGCUGUGAGGAUUUUUCCUCGAAGGACCCCUACAGGGUUCUUGGGCUCAGCCGGGGCGCCUCCACUGAUGACAUCCGCCGUGCGUACAAGAAGCUCGCGGUGAAACACCAUCCGGACAAGGGCGGGGACCAGGAGGCGUUCAAAAACAUCACCCGGGCGUACGAGACUUUAUCCGACCCGAAGCAGAAACAAGCCUACGACCAGUAUGGCGAUGCGAGUGGCGACCCAUUUAGCGGCAUGGGCGGUGGUCCGGGUGGCGGAAGCGGUACUAGCGGCGGUGGGCCCUUUUAUUCCGGCGGUGGUGCUAGCGGACCAGAUCCCUUUGGGAAUGUCGGGAGCGGGCCCUUUGGAUUCGGGACCAGCAAUGACCCAUUUGGACAGGGCUCAUCUGCUGGAUCAUCUUCCGGCAUCUUUGGAGACGAUCCGUUCGAAGCGUUCACGCGCAUGGGCUUCGAGGAGUUCGCGGCGAACGGGAGGCAGAGGAGACAGGCGAGGGUGCCAAAACCCGUUGUCCGGGCGGUGAACAUAACGCUGGAGCAGUUGUGCCAAAGGAAGACCGUGACCGUCGAGAUCCCCAUGAUGCAGAAAAUUUGCACGAGUUGCAGUGGCCAGGGCGGCGACGUCCAGAUCUGUGGCACUUGCGGGGGGAGCGGGUACGAGGUGCGGACACGGCAGUUCGGGGGUGGCUAUGUGCAGACGCAGGGAACCUGCUCUUCUUGUCGCGGCGCGGGAAGGCUACGAACGCGGACGUGCGCGCAGUGUCAGGGCCACGGAGUGAAACAUGCGACGGAGUCGUUCCAACUCAACUUGGACCCGAAGGUACGUGUAGAGAUAAAUCUGCUUUGGUGCAAGCAUAAACAUACUUCUUCAAAGAUGUAGAACAUGUUGGCCGUUCUAUGUUUUUCAAACAAAGAAAUUGGUUUAGAAAGCACUAAGCUCAUCAAUUCUUUGUAACCGCAAAACAAAAAUCUCUACCCAGACCGUCGAGGAAGGUUACACCUUCCGUUUCCUGAACCGCGGCAGCGAAGUUUUUGACCACGCCACCGGUGGCGUUUUGGCUGGCGACGUCUUCAUCGCCGUGCGCUUCCAAACCCCGCCCGGCAGGCGCGACGGCGGGAAACAAGUUAGUGACCACUCAAAUUCUGCUUCUAAGAGCAAGCGAAGCAUCGCCAGAUACGAUCACUUAGAAUUCGAGCGCGGCCCGCACCACGCUCUGUACACGAAAAUCGCGGUACCCUUUGCAGAUGCGAUCUGCGGGGAUCUCGUCGUUGAGAUCAAGCACCCAGCUGGGAAGUACGUCACCGUAGCGCUGCCUUCAAAUUUGCAGCAUACCGACGUGGUCCGCGUUGCGGGCAAAGGCGUGCUGUGGGACGGCAAUAUUGCGUCUACGGGGAGUGCGAGUACAAAGUCAAGCGACUUGUUUGUGAAGCUGCGAGUGGAAACGCCAAACAGAAAUCCCUGGAGCACGCCUGAGGAACGGGAAGCGCUGCGGCAGGUUCUGAAACGGGAGGCUGGUAUUUUCGAUGUAAAGCGAGGUGGGGGAAAGGGUGGGGAAGAACAAAGUGAUAGAAGUGACACCGCUGCCGGUGAAAGGACGGCGGAAGGUAGUGCCGCGGAAGAAAAAUCUACGUCUUCGCAGUCUUCCUCCAGCUCCUGGAAACGGUGGUGGAACCGGUCGGGGAAUGAUUUUUCGUCAAGUGGCUCAGCUUCUUCAGACAGCAAUGCGAAUUCUGGGUCCUCCUCCCUCCCGCAAGAUUCCCGGAAACUCGGCGACUCCGAGAAGCACAUUCUGAACCGCCAUCUCAAAGCGUACAAGGCGGAGCGGGAACGAGCUUCCGGGGCCGCCGCCGGCGCGGGACAGGACGGAGCUGGUCCUGGUGGUGGGGAGGAGUCUACUUGUCAUGUGCAGUAACUGACGAUGACUGAGGGGGGCACUGGCUCUCUCUGGUAACAGAGAAAAAGUUACUGUUACAUUAACAUAAGUCUGCGACUUUCGACAAGGAGCAUGAUCAUUCAGCAACAGCACCAGAAGAGAAAGCGCGGUCGUCUAAU